UGACGUCACACCUUGAAGUCUGGGCGGAAGUUGCGCGAGCUUGUCCCGUCAUCGGAGCCGUUAGCUGUCCGCUGCCCUAAAACAAGUCAAGAAAUUCCGUCGUAAAGCCGCCUUCAGGUGGAAUUCGUACUUUCGAUUUAAGGAUAUGGAUGAAGACGUGCUUACUACCCUGAAACUGUUAAUAAUUGGCGAAAGUGGAGUCGGGAAGUCCAGCCUCCUUUUGAGAUUCACGGAGGAUACGUUUGAUCCAGAGCAGUCUGCAACAAUAGGUGUGGAUUUCAAAGUAAAGACCCUCGCAAUCGAAGGAAACAAAGCAAAACUAGCCAUUUGGGACACUGCUGGACAGGAACGGUUUCGCACUUUGACACCCAGCUACUACCGUGGUGCACAGGGUGUCAUUCUUGUAUAUGAUGUUUCUAGGCGUGAUUCUUUUACCAAGCUUGAAAACUGGCUGAACGAACUGGAAACCUACACAACACGCAACGACAUUGUAAAAAUGCUGGUUGGAAAUAAAAUUGAUAAGGAUGAUCGGGAGGUGGACAGAAACGAAGGGCUAAAAUUUGCCAGGAAACAUUCUAUGCUUUUUAUUGAGGCCAGCGCAAAGACCAAAGAUGGCGUCCAGUGUGCUUUUGAGGAGCUAGUGGAGAAGAUCCUGCAGACUCCGGGGCUCUGGGAGAGUGACAACCUGGGUCACAGGGUCCAGCUGGGAAGCCCGGAUCAGGCUGGUGGCAGAGCGUGUGGAGGAUACUGUUCUAUACCCUGAAACUGGACGGAAAGAAAAAAAAAAAACAGAAAUGCACCAACUUUGUUUGAACGAGCACAAACUACAGCAAAAGGAAAAGAGUGCUGUUCCAAACAUUGCAGUUUGCACAAUUACUUCAUCGCUCAUUCUUUGCUAAAUCUAUUUAAAUUAUGAAUGAAAAGCAAUCAUGCAGGAUUUGCCUCUCGUUUGGGGUUCUGUCAUGUCAUGUGUGAGUUUAUAUCAUUACAUGCCAGUGUUUCAAUUCAAAAAGACAUGAGGAGACUUGAUAGUGCCUAACAGAUGUGUAGUUGUCUCCCAAACGUAUUCUAAUCCAUAUUUCUAUACCGUUUGCAGUACAGAAGCUUGUUCCUUGCUUAUGCAAAUAUCAGCCUGUUAGUUGCAGCGCGGCACAAACUUUUACACUACACAAGAGUCCGCUAUAUAAUUCUGGAACGGAGGCAGAGGAGGCUUGCCAGGCUUUUAACACCUGAGGAAGAGUUUGCAACACUGUGAUUGCUUUCAAAGAUGACAUUUUAAAGCUGACCAUAGUAACUCUCCAUCUGCCCAACUGUGUGCUUUAUUUCUUCAUAUUUUUAACCAUCUUUUGCGUGUGUUAUCUGGACCGUGGAACCACAAAGUUUACAGCAGCAAGUAUAACGUUUGUUCAUUUUCAGCUCCAGCAAAAGCAUUUCAUCAGGGGUUUUCUUUCUUCUUUAAAUAUAUAUGUUCAUUUAUGUUUCUCUCACAGUAUCUGAGACCAUUCCGAAGCAUGUUUUUCAUUAUUGUAACAUACUUAUUAUAUAGUUUCUAAUUGCUUGUUUUCAUGUUAAGUCAUCUUUGCUCCUUUUUUUUUCUCUUUGUUUUUGUUUGAGAAAUAUACAGUAAACAAUUCUGCCUUAACGAGGGGAGGGAAAUGUGCCGGUGUUAUGGUCAGUUAUAUUUGGAUUGUUUUAAAAAAAAGAUAAAAUGAAAUAAAAAUGUAAAGUUGCUGUUACUGAA